AUGGCGGAUAAAGCGUUGAUGAAGCAAAUAGCCGAACAGAAACUAAAAGCAUUCUCCAUCGGCACGAUGGGAAAACGACAAAUGUCUAAAAAGGAAUUAGAAGAUCAACGCAAGAAGGAACAAGAGGAAGCAGCUGCCCAGGCUUUUGAGGAGUUUGUGGCAACAUUCCAAGAAACACCCAGUAAGGCUGGAAAGGUGUGGGUUAAGGCUGGCACAUAUGAUGCUGGGCGUCGACAGGAAGACACAAGGGAGAAGGGAAAGCUCUACAAGCCACAGUCUCGACUGUCAGAACUAGCAGACAAACUCACAACUGCAGAGCGAGCGCAGGAAUAUGCACGGCUGCUUGGCGACCGGAAACCAGAUCGUCCUGGAAAGAAACGAGACAGGGAAAAAAAGAAAAGCAAUUUGGAACUGUUUAAGGAAGAGCUUAAACUUAUUCAGGAAGAGAGGGAAGAGAGACACAAAUAUAAAGGUGCCAUCAAAUCUACAAUAGAAGACGGAGCGCCUGCAGUAAAGACGUCUGAAGAGUCCAAAUAUGGUUCAUACGAUAAUGGAGAUCCGACAACCACAAAUCUGUACCUGGGGAACCUGAAUCCAAAGAUCACAGAACAGCAGCUGAUGGAAGUGUUUGGUCGGUAUGGACCCCUGGCCAGUAUUAAGAUUAUGUGGCCCCGAUCAGACGAAGAAAAAGCCCGUGGAAGGAAUUGUGGUUUUGUAGCCUUCAUGAACAGAAAAGAUGGGGAGAGAGCCCUGAAAUUUCUUAAUGGGAAAGAUGUGAUGGCAUAUGAAAUGAAGCUGGGGUGGGGCAAAGCAGUUCCGAUACCCCCACAUCCAAUCUAUAUUCCGCCUGCAAUGCUUGAACUAACCAUGCCACCACCCCCUUCAGGGCUCCCGUUCAACGCCCAACCUAGCAAGAGAGACAAGCACAAGGUUCAAAACUUGCGACCAAAUGACCCGUACCCAACCGAGAGUAAAGAAAAGGAUGAACUAGACAAGAUUUUAUCCCAGGCUGUUGUCAAAGUGGUAAUCCCGACUGAAAGGAAUCUUCUCAUGUUGAUACAUCGGAUGGUUGAGUUUGUGAUUCGAGAAGGUCCUAUGUUUGAAGCAAUGAUCAUGAACAGGGAGCUCAACAAUCCUAUGUUCCGGUUUCUGUUUGAAAACCAGAGUCCUGCACAUGUUUACUACCGGUGGAAACUGUAUUCACUGCUGCAAGGUGACCUACAGUUACGCUGGCGCACUCUUGAGUUCCGCAUGUUCAAAGGAGGUUCAAUAUGGAGGCCACCACCUAUGAACCCUUACACACAAGGAAUGCCAGAUGAAUUGGUAGAGGGUGAUGACAAGGAACCUCGCAAGGGAAGCCUGUCAAACACGCAGAGGGACAGACUUGAAGACUUGCUCAGAAACAUGACCCCAGAGCGCUUGAAGGUGGCUGAGGCUAUGGUGUUCUGUAUAGAGCACAGUGAAGCUGCAGAUGAGAUCUGCGAUUGCAUUGCUGAAUCCUUAUCGAUCCUACAGACACCCAUCCCGAAAAAGAUUGCACGCCUUUACCUCAUUUCUGAUAUUUUACACAACUGCGGAGUGAAGAUAACCAAUGCUUCAUUUUAUAGGAAAGGGUUGGAGGCCCGAUUGUUUCACAUCUUCCAAGAUGUACAUGCUGCCUACAUGAGUCUGGAAAGUCGACUGAAAGCAGAGGGCUUCAAGCUGCGAGUCAUGCAGAUGUUUCGCGCUUGGGAGGAGUGGGCUGUGUAUCCCAAAGACUUCCUCAUUAAAUUACAGAAUACCUUUCUUGGACUAACUACUACAUCUGAUGGCAAGAGUCAUCAGGAAAGCGAAGGAGAAGAAGAGGUUGAGGUACGAAUGGAGUCGGAACUGGAUGGCUUACCCAUGUCGGGUGGCGAGGGUGAAGGAGAGGACCUGGACGGUGUGCCGUUAGAUGGAGCAGCCCUACUGAAAGGAGCAAUGAAACACAGCAGGCCUUUGCCAGCUCCAGAUGAUGACCUGGAUGGAGUACCAAUGGAUGAUGAUAUUGAUGGUGAGCCUUUGUCAGAGGACCUGACAGGGGAUGGUAAGGGUAAACUGACAAGCAUGCCUGCCGGGUUUGUCCCGUCACGAUGGGAAACUGUGGAUCCCGAGCAGGUAGAAGCACAAGCCAUGACAACCAGCAAGUGGGACCUGCUGGAGCAGACAGAACAGCCCGAACAGACAGACAGAGGGGAGGACCCUGACAGUGCAGGAGGAGAAGACUCGCAAGAGGGCGACUACCAGAAUUAUGAUGUGAGGGACUUGAAUGAGGACCGUAGAGCACGUCUACGGGAAAUUGAGCUGAAGGCCGUCCAGUACCAGGAUGAGUUGGAAAGUGGCCAGAGGACACUGAAGAGUGGAUGGAGCAUUCAGCAACAGGUGGAGCACUAUCGGCGCAAACUGCUGCGCAAGGCUGAGAAAGGCGAGCGGGAAAAGGAGAAUGAACGUGAACGAGCUGAAGUGGACAAGGAAUCACAACAAGAAUCAUCAGGAGAACGAGACAGGGACAGACAGCAGAGUUCUGGGUCUUUGUUGGAUAGGCGGAGACGUGGAGAUCGAGAAAGUAGUCGCAGUGAACGUAGUAGUAGACGUUCUUCAUCACCUGAUGAUAAUUACUAUCACCGUGCAGACAGGGACUCGUCAGGUUCAAGGUCAAAAUCAAAACGAUCACGCAGCUCUUCAGGCAGCCCAGUACCUUCAAAGCGUUAUAGAUCGCGCAGUCGCAGCCCGGUUCCAAGUCGCAAGUCUUCACGCCGUUCACGCUCCCCACACAGUAAGAAAUCACGAGCUCCGUCACCCCCAUCACCACCGCGUAUCAAACACAGGGGAUCUUCACCAUCUCCCCCCCAUUCCAAACAUAGAGGGUCUUCUCCAUCAUCGCCACCAAGAGUGAAACGGAGAGGUGGCUCACCUCCGACACCACAACGAGCAAAGCGUCGGGGUUCAAUGUCUCCUUCCUCACCUAGAUCCAAACACAGAGGUUCAUCUCCCGCAUCACCUCCACGGAAACACAAGCACAAGCAUAAAUAUUAGUUGGAGAUGGACAGAUGAUCUUGUAAUGUGUCUGAAAGUUGCUUAUCUUCCUGUCAUCUCUGUGAUUCACCAGUCAUUGCUGAGAUUUGGUAAUGACUUCUACACAGUUUCUUCAUUUGAUCACACUGUAGUGUACAGAACAUGGGUACUAGCACAAUUAAACCAUUCGGCAUUUCAACUUGGUCACAGAAAUUGUCGUACAUCUGAAAUGUGUGCUAUUUUCUUUUUUGAUGGUAUGAAAUACAUGUAUAGGUUAACAGAUCUAUCUAGAUUUGAAUUAAAAAUAUGUUGGAGUGUCACAUUUGCAUAUUGUGAUUGAGGUGGUAACUGUAUGAGAUUAAAUACAGUUUAAAUCAGGGGAAGUUUAUGUUAAUGUUUUUUCCCUCUUGUGUGUGCAGGUAAUGAAAUCUGAUAUAUUUGUGCUUAGAAGUAAAAUGUAUGAGACAGUAAGACAGAUUCUAAAGAGUUCUGAUGAUGGUGUAUAACACUCAGAAUUACUGGGUUUUUGGAAUUUGUCAAUCAUCUGGUAUUCUCCUCAGGUGAGGAGGGGGAAGACACCUACUAAGUUCGGUACCUUAGAAAGAACUAACUGCAAUCACUGGACCUGAUUACCUCUUUCUACCUCCCAGUUGAGUGGGAAUCUUCCCUCGCCCUUCACCUGAGGACGGAAACAUAUCCAGUUUCUGAAAUGUCAUGGUUUCUAGUAUGUAGAAUACUGGGCAAUCGAGAAAGUAAAAAUCCCAGUAAUUCUGAGAGAAAGACAUUGCUUUUAACCAUCCAUCAGGCGUGGUAUUUGCAGGUGUUCAGGACGUGUCAUACUAUUUCAUGAAUCUGAGCACUUAGAAGAUAUAUAUUCCCCCCUGCAAAGAAGGGUUCACGCUGUGAUUUGUUUGUGACACUGUGUAUCAUUCAUGUUGGCCCAAACUGGGUUCUACCUCUUCCCCAUUUCCCCCAGUUGUGAGUAACCACAUUUAUUUCCUCUCUGAAGAUGAAGCUAACAUACUCCUCCAAAACAAUGGUGUCCAGUUCCAAGACUACACAGUCUCAAUCCAGAAGACUUGCAAGACAUACUUUUGUGUCAAAGUAAUGAAUAAAAAGUGCUGAAAAUUAAA